CAGUAGUGUCAGUUUCUGGACCGUCAUUCAGUAAGUCGAUCGAAUGUUAUUAAAAUUGAUUUUUGAGAGAUUUUAUUCAGAUUUGUUUAUUGUAAUUUAUAUAAUUAAGCCAUAUUGAGCAAAGUACACAUUCAAAAAGUUGAAAAUAGAUUUCAUUGGUAAUUAAUGUAGUAACACAAGUAUAAUAAAUACAAAUGCUUAUAUGACAAUUUUGAACUUUAAAAAGAUAAUAAUAGAAGGCAUUGGGGAUUUGUGAAUUAAAAUGCCUUUUUAUUCUUGUAAUCGGUAUAGAAUUAUUGUCUUAGUACUCCUGGCGUUGAUUAUGUGGCAGUUUUUCCGUUUGUUACCUCAGAAGGCAGUGGAUUUAUCUGAGAUUGAUAUAGAAAAGCUAGAAGAUGAUAAAUAUAAUAAGCACAAACAAGACAAGGUAAAAGUAAGAGUUUAUUAUGAAGCACUGUGCCCUGAUUCUAAACAUUUCUUUAUUCGUCAUUUGAGGCCUGUGACUGAGAAACUUUCUGAAUUCUUGGAUAUUGCAUUGGUUCCUUAUGGCAAAGCUACAACUAAAGAACAAAAAGGCCAGUAUAUUUUCCAAUGCCAACAUGGAGAGGAGGAGUGCUAUGCAAACAAAAUUCAUGCAUGUGCCAUUGAGGCUGCGGGCAACAUGACCACUGCUGUUCAGAUAACAGAGUGUAUGAUAUUUGAUAAUAUGGAUGCUGAUGCUGCAUUAGCCAGAUGUGCAAGUCAAUACAAACUUGAUCCAGAUCCUAUCAGUGAUUGUGCUACCAAUGAAGUUGGAUCAGCAUUGUUGAAAAAACAUGGAGAUGACACCCACACCAUAAAACCCACAUUCAUACCAACCAUUACAUUAAAUGGAUCAAAAGAUAAUCAAAAGGCUAUACUUAAAAACUUUCUUCUGGAAGUAUGUAAGCUGAUUGAUAUGCCUUUACCUCCUGCUUGCUUGUGACAAAUUCUGAUUGGGGAUAUCAAUGAGCAUGCAAACAUUUUGUAAAAACAUACCUAAGUACAUAAUAACAAUUGAGAUAAGUGAAUAAUAGAGUCACAAAUUAUAAAUAUUUGUUCCAAUCACUCAAAAUUUCCUAUAUUUUGCUCAUAUAAGUAUCAACUUACUACACAAUGGACAGUAUGAGAAGAGAAGAUUUCUAAGACAUCUUGCAUUGGACAUGGUAAGGAGUGAGUAUGGAUGAUAAUAAAAAAUUACUUUUUUCCUCAUAUAAGUAUCAACUUACUGCAUGAGGUACGAUAAGAGAAAAUAGUUCGAAAAUAUGUCUUGUGCUGAUCUGAAGUGGACAUGGUUAGGAAGGAGUAUGAUGAUAAUAAAAAUUGAAUUAUUUGCAAUUUUACUUUAUAAAAAAAACAAUGUUUUAUUCAACUAGUAAUUCUAAAAGUACAUCCUUUGUACAUAUUUAUGUUAAGAUUAUUAUAUAGUAGAAAUUAGUUUAACUGCAACUGUCUGUGAGUAAAUAAAAUGUUAAAUGAAGUCACAAACAUUUAUGUCUGAAAUAUAGUUUUACUUUAAAAUUACAUAACUGUGAAAUCAAAUUCUAAAGUAAAUCAUUAUACCAUUUAAAAUAGGUAUGUAUGUACAUAUACAUUUAUCCGAUUUGUGUAAAAUAAAUUGAUUUAUAUACUGAUAUAUUAUUUUUUGUCAUCAUUUAUAGAUACAUUAAACUAAGCAUGUAAGCAUGUUAGAAAUGCAAUACACGUUGUGUAUUAUGUUUAUUUUAAAUUAGUUUAUACUUGCAUUUUUUACUGAUUCAUGAAUUUAAUGAGAUACUAUUUUUAAAAAAUGUCAGAAUGUUUACACAAAUAUUUUAAGUAUCUACAUUUUUUAUCUUUAUAUCACCUAGCAUUGCUUAGAAAUUGUAAAAAAUAGGGCUGUUAGAUAAAUGCUUUGAUGAAAAGAGGGGAAUAAUUCUGAAACGGAAGAUUUUCUGCAAAAUAAGAUUUAUGUACAUUUCAACGAGUUAUGUUACAUAGCAUUUACUUUAAUUAUAUUUAGAGGAGUUUGCUGUAUUGCGUUAAAAGUUCGUAUUUUUUUAAAUAAUUAUUUUAUUUUGGUGUUUAUAGGACAUGGUUUUUGGAUACUUCUGGCAACCCUACUAAAAAGACUUGACGAACAUUAUUUUGGUUGUGUUUAUAUGAUAAAGAUUUCUACGCAUUUGAUGUUGACUAUUGUUAUGAAUAUUAAAUAUAACUACAGUAUUAUUGAUUGGCUUGGCACUGUGUAUACUAUUAAGAAAAAUGCCACAUUGCCGCAUAGACUAAACGUAUUUUAAUAUAAUUAACUAGGUGGUAAUUUAUUAUAGUGUGAAUUUUGUAUUCCUAGACUAAUAUAAAUAUACGACGCGCACAAAAUAAAAGUUAAUUUCAUUUAUUCUAUUUAUUCUAACUGAAACUAAUUAUUUGCAUAUACAAUAUUUUAUACAUAUUGUUUCACAUACACUUUUAUGCAAAUAAAUAUUUUGAGUUUUGAGUAUUAUUAUCUAGCAUGUAUGUAUAAUACACUCUUUAAAUAUAAUUAUGUGGUAGAGAGAUAUACAGAUGUAAACGAUUUUUGUAAAUUCAUAUUGAUAACAAAUUGAAAUGUUAUGCUUGUUGUCUGAAUUUAAUGUGCUCACAUAAUAUUUAUCUUGUAAUUAUGUAGGUAUGUUUACAAAAUGUUGUCGUUUUUAAAAUCAUUGAUUAUAAUUUUAAAGUUGAGAUAUUCAUAAAUUAAAGGUGCCGUGAGUUAACAGCAUUACCUAUCUACAUUCAUAUUUUAUUAUUGUAUGCUGUUAUUUCGCCAAUUACUAAUUUUAAUAAAAAAUAAUUUUAUAACAUCGUCUACUACCUAUAGUCCUUAGGUGCGACAAAAGUUUUGUAAAUGUACACGCCAAUUUUUUUUCUUUUUCAUAGUUAGUUCGAACAAUCUAUGUAACGCGACAUUUAGGUUUCGACAAUCUGGAUAGAUUCCGCUCGCUCUCAUUAUAUGCGAACCGUUUAUGAACCACGAUUUCACUUGUGGCUUGAUUUUUUUGACGUAUUUAAUGUUUUAUGUCAUAGCGUCAUUAUAGUCGAAUGUUUUAAAAAAAUGGACUACACCACAUAUCUAAAAAUAAAAUGGCUUCAUUGUAUGUGACAAAUUGUAACGGAAACUUUAAGUUACCAUGCUUUUUAAAACGAAAUAUGAUCCGAGUUAUACAAUUUUACAACCAUAUUUGUGUUUAGAUAAUUAUAUAUUUGGAUUCCUAA